AUGAUGAUGCAGUCGCGGCGUGUGCAGCCGUCGGGCGCCAGAGUCGAGCGGCGGCCAUCAACGUCGACGAGCUCCACCAACCUGUUGUCUCCCUCAGCGCCAUGGCGAUACCGGCUCGGCUUUGGCAUCGCGACCGCGAUCGCGUCGGUGCUUGUGGGUGGGUACUUCAGCUUAUUGGUGUUUCAGAGUUUUGGCAACGACCUCUGGUGGCCCCGCUACUCGCUCGCGUACCAAGCCUACCUCAUCGACGUUCUCAACACUGCGCUGCUCGCGUCGCCCACUGGCUCGGUCAACCUCGUGAGUGACACGGUGCGCGUGGCCAAGACGUACGACAUUGCGUCCUCGUUUACGAGCAUCUCUCCCACGUACAUGCGCUAUUUACUCUAUCACGAGCUCACGUCGGUCGAGCAUGGCAUUGCGAGUCUGCGGGCGAUGAAUCCGGGUGACGCGCUUGUCGUCAAAUCGCAAUAUUGCUGGGUCGACUUUGCUCACGCGCUCGAGAUGGCGCACACAGCGGCACGUCAAGCACGCUGUGCUCGCUACGCCGCCAACGGUGCCGUGUACCUUGCGUCGGUGCUGCGCAACAUUGACUAUGGCGUCUUCAUCCGCAUAUUUGGGGGCGUUGGCGGGACGUUCACUGUCGGCCUUGGGCUCGGCUUGCAAGAAUCGAACGCUGGUCGGGCGUUUCUGCAGUCGCUCGACCAUGUCGACACGUCGAUUGCUCAAGAAGCUGCCCUGUGGCAGUCGUUUGGGCUCAACCGGUUUGAGUUGCAGUGGCACAACCGGUACCAAGCCGGCAUCACCGAGCGUGCGACGAUUCUCAACGCGCUGGGUCGCUCGGCCACGAUUACGCUCAAAGACCUCCCGCAGCGUCUCGAAAGCUGGUCGUCCGGUAUCCUCUACUGGCAGCUCAACAACGACCUCUACAGCGUCCAGCCGUGCAACGAGAGCCUCCUGCGCAAUAACGUCUCCAACUCGUUUACACUCGGCAACUGCGUCCCGACGUUCGAGACGUUCUCAGCGCUGUACGAUGCCAACGGAGAGUACGCUGCGCAGCGACUCAUAGUCCACACGCACAUUGGCCCUUUCCUCUCCAUCGACACGUUCUUCAUCCCGGCGCCACGGGCGCUGCAAGCGUUCGUGCUUCAGGUGGCAACGGCGCUGCGGCGACCCGAGAUCGCCACUCGCAUUGAGAAGGCGAUCCCAAGCGGUGUCCUGGAACCGACCCCGCCGGCGUGGGCGACCGGGUACGCCUUUUAUGGCGGGAGUCCUCUCUGCCUUUACAGCAACCCUACGCCGUUUGUACAGCAGCCGUUUGACGCGACGACGCUGUGCACCAGUAUACAGCCCAUGACAACGACCUUCUCGCCGAUGUCGUUGCUCCUUGCUCGCGCCAUGACCUUGACCAUGUCUUCAGAUCGCCUCUGUGAAUGCGACGCAUCGGGUCAAUGCGGAUCCGCCCUUGCAGCGGCCGAUGCGACGCUGAAAGAAUGGCAGAUCAACACGUCGGGCUUCGAUGCGUCGACCAUCGGGCCGGUGGGCAUCAUGCAGUACGUGACACCGACGACCACCGCCUCGAACUGGACGCUACUGUUCCAACCACUGCUGUCACCCGAUGCGUUUGGUUUCUAUGGAUGGCUCAUGCUCUACGACUGGGCAUUUGGGGCGCGGGAAGUGGUCGCAUUCGAAGGCGACGUCGCGACCUGGACACUCAUAUCGAGUACGUACGCGGCGCAGACAUAUUCCACGAGCGGUGGCAACUUGUACGUCCCCAACUCGACGACCAUGAUCGCGUACAUCAUUCUCUACACCACUAUUGUCGCGUCAUUGGUGCUGCUCGCCGCUCUCAUUUCGACGUAUGCUCUACCAGCGCGCGUUGCGCCCGCCAACUGGUUUGCCUUUCAUCGGCUCGUGGGUGCAGCGUGGAGCGGUCGGCCGCUGCUACUGAUCCGCGGCGGUGCCGCCAUCGUCAUGCUCAGCACCGCCAAUGUCGAGCUGCGUGAAUCGUCGAGCGGGUGGAGCUACUUCACAUGCGACGCACGAUCGAUCCUCGAGAUCGUCGUACUGUCGGUUGAAGCGACGUGGCUCUCGCUUCUGUUUCAAGAUGUAGCGCGGCUCUUGGUGCACGCGUCCACCCUCCGGUACGCCACACCGUGCGCUGUGAUCGCCUGCGCUAUUCACAUCGGCCUCGAGGUCGCAGACCCGAUCACACCCGUCGCUUCGCUCCAACGCUCGUGCACCAACACAAACUUGGACACGGCGGUUGUCUGUGCCGGCUCGACCGUUGCGAUCGGCGACGUGGGCCGCGCGCAAGUCCUCGUCACCACCCACGUACUGCUCACGCUGCUCGGUAUCGCAAGCGCAUCUCUUGUGUGCCGUCCAGCGGCACACAGUGCAGAGAACGAUGUCGCGCCGCAGUUUUACCUGCUCUCGGGCCUCGCAACGCUGUACUUGGCACCGACGUCCCCGACGGGCGACGACUCGGUGCCCAACGACCCGGUUGCCUGCCUUCUCGCGGGCUUGAUCCCGUACGCAACCUUGGACAGCAUCUAUCUCUUUGAUUUGAACCGGUGGGUGAUUGUGAAAAGCACCAAGGACCCCAAAGAAGCCUUCCGACCACUGCACUCAAACGUCGUGUGCGUCACACGCCGGACGUCGUUGCAGCGACCCGUUGCAUCCGUAUCGGCGCCAACGCACGCGUUGGUGCAGUCGCUCUCUCGUGCAGCGCGGUGGUGGUCGACCGUGAGCUACGUGACACCAAUUUUGGUGUCGUUGGCCUUUAUGGCCCUCUCGAUCGAGACGAGCAUUCUCUACUUGAGUGUAUCGGCGACGUCGCUCACCAACGACUUGGCGUGGGCACACUUUUCGAUGCCGUCGACGCACCGAUUUCUUGCGUCAUAUCUCAGCGCCGACUUUGCACGUGGCAAUUUAACCGCACGACCGCUGCAGUUGGAUGCGAUCGACGUCAACCUCGUCGCGUCGUCGUUGGGUGACGCGUCGUCGUCGAGCAUGACGCUGCCGGGCAACUUUGGCGCCCGCGUACAGAUGCGGACUCUGCAACGCGAUUUGCGCUCUGCUAUCGAAGGUCUCCGGAGCACGCAACCGGCCAACAUUCCGUGGGUCUUCUCAGCCUACUGCUACGUCGACUUGAACAUGACGUUGGAGAUGGCCAACUCUGCCAAGCGCCAAGAUCGGUGUCGCAACAUGACAACGAACGGCGCUGUGUACCUCGAAACGACCUUGCGCAACACCGACUGGGACGAGCUCCGCGCCGAGUGGGGCGACGCGUUCGACGUGGCCCUCGGACAUGAUUUGGACGCGACCAACGCUGGGAAAACCUGGCUGCGCACCGUGCGCGCCGCCGCCGCCCACUGGGUGACUCUGGACGUCGAAGAAGCUUAUUGGCGCCACUUUGGGAUCACUACGUACCGGCUGCAGUGGCAAAACUUCAAGACGAUUGGACUCGUCAAUACGUAUCAUCGGCAUGGCCGGCAAGAGCCUUCUCUCGGGUAG